UAUAUUUUUAGCUAUUUGAGAAUUAUUCUGUUUUCUUGCCUUUAGAAGACAUUAAACCAGGUGCUUUUAGAUUCAGAACUGUCCAAACUAUCUGGGUAGGCAGAUUUAGCAGAGGGAAUUGACAUGAACUUUUUAAAAGCAAUUGUUCUUUGUACAUGGAUAAUGCAUGUUGAUUGUACAAAUAUUAGAAACACAGGAGGGUGUGAAUUUUUAAAGUCUGUAUUAUAUACAUAUUGGUAGAUUAGUUGUAAACGUCCUCAAAUUUUGUUAUAGCCAGCAAGUCAAAGUAUAGGCUUUGCUUCAAAUGUGAGAGUCAUGGACAUAUUACAAGGAACAUAUUAUCUUUUUUGACUUAGUCAUUGACUCUGGCAGAAUCAGACCACAAGAAGUAAAUUAUGGUGUGAGGACUGGCUAAAAGCAACUGGGAACCCACCUGAGAGUCUGGACUCAAGUAAACAAUUGUGAGCCAGGUGAUACAGUUAAUAUUGGAGAUGUAUCCUACAAGUUGAAAAUUCCUAAGAAUCCAGAACUUGUGCCACAGAACUACAUUUCAGACUCUCUGGCUCAAUCUGUAGUUCAGCAUCUAAGAUGGAUAAUGCAGAAGGAUCUUUUGGGGCAAGAUAUCUUUCUAAUAGGACCUCCUGGGCCUCUUCGGCGCUCUAUUGCUAUGCAGUACUUGGAGCUGACUAAACGGGAGGUCGAAUACAUUGCCCUGUCAAGGGACACCACUGAAACUGAUCUCAAACAGCGACGAGAGAUCCGUGAAGGCACGGCUUUUUACAUUGAUCAGUGUGCAGUUCGCGCAGCCACAGAAGGCAGAACUCUCAUUCUGGAAGGUUUGGAAAAGGCAGAGAGGAAUGUUUUGCCAGUUUUGAACAACUUGCUGGAAAACAGAGAGAUGCAGCUUGAAGAUGGACGCUUCCUGAUGUCUGCUGAUCGUUAUGACAAACUUCUUCAAGAUCACACCAAAAAAGAGUUGGAUUCUUGGAAAAUUGUCCGAGUUAGUGAAAAUUUCCGAGUGAUUGCCUUGGGCUUGCCAGUGCCAAGGUAUUCUGGAAAUCCAUUAGACCCCCCUCUUCGUUCUCGAUUUCAAGCCAGGGAUAUUUAUUAUUUACCCUUCAAGGACCAACUUAAGUUGUUAUAUUCAAUUGGAGCCAAUGUUUCUGCUGAGAAAGUUUCUCAGCUCUUGUCCUUUGCCACAACUCUGUGUUCCCAAGAAUCUUCUACUCUUGGACUUCCAGAUUUUCCUUUAGAUAGUUUAGCAGCUGCAGUUCAAAUCUUGGAUUCCUUUCCUAUGAUGUCAAUUAAACAUGCAAUCCAGUGGCUUUAUCCAUACAGUAUUUUGCUAGGUCAUGAAGGGAAGAUGGCUGUGGAAGGUGUUUUAAAGCGCUUUGAACUUCAAGAUUCAGGAAGCUCUCUACAUCCUAAAGAAAUUGUAAGAGUAGAGAAGAUGACAGAAAACCAUGUCUCGCAAGCUUCUGUGACCAUCCGGAUUGCAGAUAAAGAGGUGACCAUUAAGGUGCCAGCCGGGACCAGGCCAUUAGGUCAACCUUGUGCAUCGGACCGUUUCAUACAGACUUUGAGCCAUAAGCAGCUACAGGCUGAAAUGAUGCAGUCUCACAUGGUUAAGGAUAUAUGUUUAAUUGGAGGAAAGGGUUGUGGAAAAACAGUGAUUGCUAAGAACUUUGCUGAUACCUUAGGAUACAACAUAGAACCUAUUAUGCUCUAUCAGGAUAUGACUGCGCGUGAUCUGCUACAGCAGAGAUAUACCCUUCCAAAUGGAGACACUGCCUGGCGAUCCUCACCCCUUGUGAAUGCUGCUCUGGAAGGCAAGCUGGUCUUGUUGGAUGGCAUUCACCGGGUAAAUGCAGGCACACUCGCUGUAUUGCAAAGAUUAAUCCAUGAUCGAGAGCUAAGCCUCUAUGAUGGUUCUAGGCUCCUGAGAGAAGACAGGUAUAUGCGUUUAAAAGAGGAGCUGCAAAUGUCUGAUGAACAGCUACAGAAGAGAUCCAUUUUUCCUAUCCAUCCGUCCUUCAGGAUCAUUGCCUUGGCAGAACCCCCCGUUAUUGGAAGCACAAUACACCACUGGCUGGGACCAGAAUUCUUAACCAUGUUCUUUUUCCAUUAUGUGAAACCACUUGUCAAAAGUGAAGAAAUCCAAGUGAUUAAGGAAAUGAUCCCAAAUGUACCUCAGGAAGCUCUGGAUAAAUUAUUAUCAUUUACACACAAACUCAGAGAAACACAGGAUCCAACGGCACAAUCAUUGGCAGCAUCACUUUCUACCAGACAACUGUUACGGAUUUCUCGUCGGCUGUCACAGUAUCCUAAUGAAAAUCUUCACGGUGCUGUUACUAAAGCCUGCCUUUCCAGGUUUUUACCUAGUCUUGCUAGGUCAGCAUUAGAAAAAAAUCUGGCAGAUGCUACAAUAGAAAUAAAUACUGAUGAUAAUUUGGAGCCAGAACUAAAGGAUUACAAAUGUGAAAUAACAUCUGGAUCUCUCAGGAUUGGUGCUGUUAGUGCACCGAUCUAUAAUGCACAUGAGAAAAUGAAAGUGCCUGAUGUUCUGUUCUAUGACAACACUCAGCACAUGCUAGUGAUGGAAGAUAUGCUGAAAGACUUUCUCCUUGGAGAACACUUAUUGUUAGUUGGCAACCAGGGUGUAGGAAAAAACAAGAUUGUUGACAGAUUCCUUCACCUGCUCAACAGACCCCGAGAAUAUAUUCAGCUACACAGGGAUACCACAGUACAAACUCUUACACUUCAGCCUUCAGUUAAAGAUGGACUUAUUGUAUAUGAAGACUCACCUUUGGUUAAAGCAGUAGAGUUGGGUCAUAUUCUGGUAGUAGAUGAGGCAGACAAAGCUCCAACAAAUGUCACCUGUAUUUUAAAAACUCUGGUAGAAAAUGGAGAAAUGAUUUUAGCAGAUGGAAGGCGCAUUGUUGCAAAUUCUGCUAAUGUGAAUGGAAGAGAAAAUGUUGUUGUGAUUCAUCCUGAUUUUAGGAUGAUUGUUCUGGCAAACAGACCUGGAUUUCCUUUCCUAGGCAAUGAUUUCUUCAGUACCUUAGGUGAUAUUUUUAGCUGCCAUGCAGUUGAUAACCCCAAACCCCACUCGGAGCUUGAGAUGCUCAGACGGUAUGGACCAAAUGUGCCCGAGCCCAUCCUUCAGAAGCUUGUGGCUGCCUUUGGAGAGCUGAGGAGUUUGGCUGACCAAGGAAUUAUUAACUAUCCUUAUUCUACCAGAGAAGUUGUCAACAUAGUCAAACAUUUACAGAAAUUUCCCACUGAAGGUCUCUCCAGCGUGGUUCGAAAUGUGUUUGACUUUGAUUCCUACAACAACGACAUGAGGGAGAUACUGAUUAACACUUUACACAAAUACGGGAUACCUAUUGGAGCAAAGCCUACCAGUGUGCAGCUGGCAAAGGAGUUGCCUCUGCCAGAACAGACAUUCAUGGGCUACUGGACAAUUGGUCAGGCAAGAAGUGGGAUGCAAAAACUCUUGUGUCCAGUGGAAACUCACCAUAUAGACAUAAAGGGGCCAGCAGUUAUAAAUAUACAGGCGUAUCCAAUAGAAAGACAUGAAGAAAGAUCCCUAAACUUUACUGAAGAAUGUGCCUCCUGGAGAAUACCACUGGAUGAAAUUAAUAUAAUCUGUGACAUUGCUACAUCAUAUGAAAAUGAGGAAAAUACUCUUUGUGUAGUUACAUGCAAUCCCAUUUCCCUGUAUUUUAUGAAUAUGGCUGGAAAAAGUGGCUACUUUGUGGAUCUUUUUGAUAUCUUCCCAAGAACAGCCAGUGGCGUUUGGCACCCUUUUGUGACAGUGGCACCGCUGGGAAGUCCCCUCAAAGGUCAAGUGAUUCUCCAUGAGCAGCAGAGUAAUGCCAUCUUGUUGUUAGAUACCACUGGCCAAGCCCUUCGUCGUCUCAUUCUCCCUUCGGAAGAGUUUACAUCUAAGAAACCUUCCUGGUGGAACAAAGAAGAAGCUGAAACUUAUAAAAUGUGUAAAGAAUUUUCAAACAAAAACUGGCUAGUAUUCUACAAAGAAAAAGGGAACAGCCUGAUCGUGCUGGAUGUUCUAGAAGGGCAAACUCACACCAUCUCACUUCCCAUUAACCUCAAGACAGUUUUCCUCGUGGCAGAGGACAAAUGGCUUCUGGUGGAGAGCAAAACAAAUCAGAAAUACCUUUUGACUAAGCCUGCACACGUCGCAUCUGAGGGCAGUGGGGUUUGCCAGUUGUAUGUGCUGAAAGAGGAGCCGCCCAGCACAGGGUUUGGAGUUAUACAAGAAACAGAGUUCAGCAUACCUCAUAAAAUUUCCAGUGAUCAGCUAUCAUCUGAACAUCUAAGUUCAGCUGUGGAACAAAAGAUUGCCUCUCCCAACCGAAUUCUCUCAGAUGAGAACAAUUAUGCUACAAUAGUUGUUGGUUUCCCAGAUCUCAUGUCACCCAGUGAAGUUUAUUCUUGGAAGAGACCAUCUUCUUUGCAUAAACAAAGUGGCAUUGAUACAGCAUUCUAUGGAGGAAAGAAGAAAAGUGGGACUCCAAAACAAAGAAAUUGUGUGACUCUUUUAGAUACGAAUCAGGUAGUGAGGAUUUUACCCCCAGGAGAAGUCCCUCUAAAAGAUAUCUACCCAAAAGAUGUUACUCCUCCACAAACAUCUGGUUAUAUAGAAGUCACUGAUCUUCAAUCAAAGAAACUCCGAUAUAUCCCUAUUCCCAGAUCAGAAUCUCUCUCGCCAUAUACCACGUGGCUGUCUACCAUUUCAGACACAGAUGUACUGCUAGCUGAGUGGGACAAAAGUGGUGUUGUUACUGUUGAUAUGGGAGGUCGCAUCAGGCUUUGGGAAACUGGACUUGAACGUCUGCAGCGAUCACUCGUGGAAUGGAGAAACAUGAUUGGACAAGAUGACAGAAAUAUGCAGAUAACAAUCAACAGAGACAGUGGUGAAGAUGUAAGCUCCCCCAAACACGGGAAGGAGGACCCAGACAACAUGCCUCACGUAGGCGGCAACACUUGGGCUGGCGGAACAGGGGGAAGAGACACGGCAGGCCUGGGUGGCAAAGGAGGCCCUUACCGGCUGGAUGCGGGCCACACAGUGUACCAGGUCUCUCAGGCUGAGAAAGAUGCAGUUCCAGAGGAGGUCAAGAGAGCUGCUAGAGAGAUGGGCCAAAGAGCUUUCCAGCAGAGGCUAAAGGAAAUCCAAAUGAGUGAAUAUGAUGCUGCAACCUAUGAAAGGUUUUCAGGUGCUGUUCGGCGACAGGUGCACUCCCUCCGAAUCAUCCUGGAUAAUUUACAGGCUAAAGGUAAAGAAAGACAGUGGCUAAGACAUCAAGCUACUGGGGAACUAGAUGAUGCCAAGAUCAUCGAUGGGCUGACUGGAGAAAAAGCCAUCUACAAACGUCGGGGUGAGCUGGAGCCACAACUUGGCAGCCCACAACAGAAACCCAAGCGUCUGCGCCUGGUGGUGGAUGUGUCUGGUAGCAUGUACCGCUUCAACGGGGUGGAUGGCCGGCUCGAGCGCUCAAUGGAGGCUGUAUGUAUGGUCAUGGAAGCCUUUGAGAACUAUGAGGAGAAGUUCAAGUAUGACAUCGUUGGACACUCUGGAGAUGGCUACAACAUUGGCCUGGUUCCAACUAACAAAAUCCCUAAGGACAAUAAGCAAAGAUUAGAAAUUCUGAAGACAAUGCAUGCCCACUCUCAGUUCUGCAUGAGUGGGGACCACACAUUAGAAGGGACAGAACAUGCUAUCAAGGAAAUUGUCAAAGAAGAGGCUGAUGAGUACUUUGUCAUAGUCUUGAGUGACGCAAAUCUGUCACGAUAUGGAAUACAUCCUGCUAAGUUUGCUCAAAUCCUCACAAGAGACCCUCAAGUAAAUGCUUUUGCCAUUUUUAUUGGAUCUUUAGGUGAUCAAGCAACCAGGCUUCAGAGAACUUUACCAGCUGGUCGGUCUUUUGUUGCCAUGGAUACCAAGGACAUUCCUCAGAUUUUACAACAGAUCUUUACCUCCACCAUGUUAUCGAGUGUCUAAGAAGUGCCCUUCAUCACCCUGAUGACACCAGGAUUUGAAAUAAGACAAGAAUAAAGAGUGUUCUGAAAAAAAGAAGAUAUGGAUGAAGUGAACCCAUGCAAUGACUGGAUGAUUCUGGCAUUCCUGGGACUUCCUACACUUGCUCAGAUAUGAGAAUUCAGAAAAGCAGCCAGAAGAAACCUUGAACAUGGAAAGAUACUCCAUUAAUGAAUUUAGAAGUCAUUAGGUGAAGCGAGUUGACCUGCACUUUAUCAAAGGUUGGGGUUAAAGGAAGGUGGUCUUGAGAACUAUGUGUUUGGUCUGUUUCCAAAAACCUAAGGAGGAAAAAAUACUUUGCUUUUGCCUUAACACAUCAUCUGGUCACCUAAGAUAAGAAAAGCAACCCCAUCAAAUUGAGCCUUUGAUAUCACAUUCUGACGUAAGAUGCCAAGUCUGUGCAAAACUCACCAAAAUGCUCCUAUCCAAUAAUUAUUUUUUUCUCCCUGCUCUGUAUUGACCAGAAUACAAUGAUUUUAUAAUAUUUAACCCACCAAAAAGUCCAUCCAAUAGCAGUAUUUUAUGAAAGGUUGGCUGUUCUCAAUAACUUCAUUUUCCUGGCCAAAGCCGGAAGCAAUCAGAAGAUCCUUGGAGUGCUUGCCUUUCCAUGUAACUUUUAAAAGCCUCUGAAACAAUAAAGUGCAAAUGUCCUCUUCUCCUUGCUGCUAGAGUGGGAGGAGAAAGAUGUCCUGCAUUAGGCUUCCUGUUUCUUCUUGUUCUUCUCUCAAAAAUUCACAGUACUCCAUUUUGGGGCCCAAACUGUAAUGCUCAAAAUAAUAAAUGCUUAUAAGAAAAUUAUUUAUUGAGAAUAUUCAUAUAAAAAUUACCUAAAGCAAAGUAAAAAAAGUAAAAUCAAGGUGGUAUAUUUGAAGUGAAUGGUGAUUGGAGAUUUCUUUAGCUAUAACAAACAAACAAAAAGAAAGAAAACAACUUUUUUUAAAAACCUCUUUUUUUUUCUUUCAAAAUGUACCUUAUUCCCACACACUCUUAGACCAACCUUUAUUUAAUCAGUAGGCUCAAUAUCACUUUGUUUAAAAUCAAAUGCUUCAGCAGAAGUCGUUAUAUGUUUAACCAUAUAACUUAAAAACUCCUCUUCAUCAUUGAUAGCAAAGUAAGAAACGUUAGGGCACCAAUGAGUAGAAAAAACUGGUCUUAAGUUAGACUAUUAAUAAUAGUCUUAUUACUAAUAUUAUCCUAUUCAUCUAUAUAUAUUGAAAUUAUACAGGUUCAUAAUUUCAUUUUAAUUAUAGGAGAGAAGAAAAGCUAAUACCCAUUUGUUCCAUCACCUCCUCUCCCUAUCUUUAACUAUCAAAUAAAUAAAAGCAAUUUGAUUUCCAGUGUGUUACUA